AUGAGUGCUGAAGCUUUUUAUCCGGCUGUGGGGGCAGUCGCCCCGUCUGUCGAAUCGGGCCAGCAAGUGCCUCUGCCUGCCAUACCUGCCAGCCCAAUUUCACCAAACUUGGCUGUGCAUGAGAGCUCACCCGUGCAGAGUCCCUUGGCAGCUUUCAUGAGCAGCCCUGCCGAGGGUGAUGAUCUUACCGAGGAACAGCUGGGGAGCCUGAUGUCUCGCGAGGACAUGCAGCUUCCUCCUGACGACGACCCGACUGCGGACCUAUUAGAACAGCAGCUUGCAGGUUUUACCGCCUUCGGCGGCAGCGCCGGUGAUUGGUAUGCAAUGAACUCAGGUUUCAUUCUUGCAAGGCACUCUCGUCUGGCGAUGCCGUGGGAAAGGGUGAUGAGGCCCAGGUUGGGGCCCAGCUUCAUGUUCCAGGAGCCAAUGCUGGGUCGUUUCGAUGGUCUGAGGAGGGCGGCGAUUCCCGCCCCUGCAGCAGGGCCGUGGGCCUGGGUACCCAAAGGAACUUAUGAGGCUAGGCGACUUCUUGCAGCCAGGUUUGCCAAAAGCGAUGACAUGCUUAGGCUUACUGCACUAAAGAAGAUCCGGCUUAUCGUGCUUUUCUUUCCCGAUGAUUCGGAGCUCGGAAGGAACCUCUUGGGCUCUGCAGGCUCCCUGGUGGAAGAAGCCAUGCUGACCUCGAUUAUCGAGGACACUUUCUCCGGCAGAGCAGCCAGCACAUUGUUGAAGCGGGCAUCAGACUUCUCCAGGUUUGCCAAGUGGAUCGUAGCUAGCAAAGGGCGCCCUCUGGCCUACAAGUUCUUUGUGCACUUGACAGGGGCUGCGCAAGGCUCCAGGAUUUCCCCUCGUGUGCAGGGAGCAGCCAAGGCGAUGUCCAUGGCCAAACGGCCGCUCUGGCAAGCACCGCCCCUUCCGGUGGAGGCAGUGCGGCUCUUGGAAGAAUUCGUCCACGACUCCGAGGAUUAUGCCAGGGCUAGCAUAGCAGGGUUCAUUCUCUUCUGCCUCUACUCCUCGGCUCGAUGGUCGGAUGCGGCUCGAGGGACCCACUUGUGCAUUGACGUGGCAGGUAACGGGCUUGUCCUUCUUGAGUGUUCGACAAAGCAUUACAAGACGAAGGCCAAGGACCGAAAGGAUACCGUGUUGCCUUUGAUUGCACUGGGCAGCGGCCUUACUCAGCCCUCAUGGGGACGUGUCUGGAUGCGCAAGAGGGCCCUGGCAGGGCUACCGGACUGUUCCGUAAUCAUGCCGGCCAUGUCGCCGGGAGGGAACUUUCUGGGAAGGGCCAUGACGGCUGCGGAAGGUUCCUUGUGGCUUCGUGAGUUUUUGCACUUGCAGGGUUUCGCGGGGGAUCUUGAACAGUACAGCUCGCACAGCCUGAAAGCAACAGCCUUGUCCUGGACGGCCAAGAGCGGGACCAUGACCUACGAGGAGCGCCUCACCCAGGGGCACCAUUGCAGCCCAAAGCACGGCAUGGCUCUCCUGUACUCGAGAGAUGCGCUUGCAGAGAUCAUCGUGAAGGUAGCCAAGGUCGUGAGUGCUGUGAGUAGGGGGGUGCUCAGUCCCGACCUCCCGCGAGCUGAGAGGGUUGCCAGAGCCCUGCAUGGCGAUCCGUCCGAUUUUGAACAUCUUCCAGAGACGGUGGCCGAGGAUUUACCAGCCGAAGAGCCUCAAGAAGAGAAUAUCUCCGAGGCCGGGUCUGACAUAACAAACCUCGACGGCCUCGAAGCGGACCUGGGGGCCCCGGCCCCGGAGGAGGUCACUGCGAACAUGCGAUUGAUGGGGCCCGAGGAGGCUCAGGAGAAUGUCUGCCAGCAGUGCGUACUCGGGCCGAUUGAGGUCAGUUGGAGUGUUUCUUGCUUCGGAGCACGAAAGCGGACUGAGAAGUGUCCGCAGUCUUUUGGCUGGGAGUUGCCAAACUGGGGCGAGUCUCCCGCGCGGCCGGCUGAGAUCGCCGGUUCCCGAAGGCCGCCUGAGAUCGGUGGCAAAGAAGUGUGUCUCAUGGCCGGACUUGAAUCGGUGCCCGCCUUCACCGAUCGAGCAAAGCAGAUCGGCAUCAGCGAGGAACUUCUGAACAAGCUCAUCGCCAAGAACUUGAACACCUACGGCAAGCUCGCUUUCGUGUGCUCGAGCAAACCUUCCAGCGGGGAUGACACUCCUCUCUUCGAAGCCCUGAAGACUCUGCUUGGGAGUGAGGUUCCAGUGGAACAACAUAUGGUGAUCAGGCGAUUGUGGUAUGAGAGCCACGCCCACGCCCUGGUUGACUUAGAAUCGAGGGCUUCGAGAACAAGUGAUACGAGCCCCCGCGAGCUUCCGUUGGCAGAACGCCUGACACGCUUGAAACGCCAAAGGGGCGAGCUCAAAGGCCUCGAGAUGGAUAUCCACACAGAACCGGGACACGGCCUCGUGGACCGGGUCCAAGCCAUGCUGGAUUCUGCACAAGUGCUGCAUAUUGCUCCUGAGAAAUGCAUCUCCCGCCAUGACGAGAUCCUGGGUGACAAGUCCGAGCAGAAGCUAUCUUUGGGGGCCGAUGGCAACAUCAAAAUCACAAAGCAAGCCUCCAAUCUCAGGUGCGAGACGACCGGUGAGCUCAAGCUUCGCCGGUGCUUCCUCCGCCGAGCUUUAGCGUUCGACCAGGUAGGGCUAGCUUCAUUCACCGCAAUGGAAGCUUGGCACAACCGCAUGUUCCAGGCUCUGCUUGAUGUGCCUCCCGCGGGCUAUCGCUACACUACCGUUCAGCAGCUUCUCGCAGCUGACCAGAAGCUUUGGCAGGUCGUGGCCCAGGAGAGCCGAGGCGACAUCGUCAUCGGAGUCGGAGCCCCUGCUCCUCUUGACAAGCACAUAGGCCAACCGUGGAAGCCCAAGGGACCCAACAAAGGCAAUCAAGGAGGUGAGAAGGGGACCAAGGGCAAGGGCCGCGGCAAAGGGAAGCAGAAUCAGAGCCAAGCCCAGGCUGACGCCUCCUCGCAACCAUCCUUGAAGGAGCUGCUUGAGUCAUUGCUGCCCAUUCUUCAACAAGGGGAUCUGUCGGUUCCAGAAGCGCAAGUCGUGCCGCUUUGGCAAGCAUGUGUGCAAUUUCAAGGGGUGACGAGGCUUUUUGAUGCCUUGCCGCACGAGCAGUGUGACCGAGACGCCGAGGGGAGGAGCUGUCCGGGUAAGCGAGCCAGGCCGGAGGGCGUCUCCGGAGCCGACAGACGCAUCUUGCUCGAUUUGGGCUUCCCGUUGCCCAGUGCCUCGCAGCUAGCUUCAACAGAGGCCUGCGCCUCGCAACAGCUUUCAAUCCCGGUUCAAAUGAGGCAGGUUCUCCCCGUGAAAGUGCCAGCCCCGGCCUUAACAGCGCCCGGGCCUCAGGGAUUUGUUCAGGUCCCUUCAAUACUCGCCGAGAAUCAAUCGCCGCCUUGCCCAGAUCAGGGUGCAAGUCAGCCCCGUGGUGCCUCCAACUCGUCCGGGACCUCUGAGGGCUGCAACUCCCUGACUAAACAGGGCCCCUCUCCGGUCCCUCGUCCUCCUUUGCUCGCUGAUUGCCUCGCGGUGGCGGGAUCCUUGUCGGCAGCCGCCAUGCAAGCUGGAUGGGAUGCCUUGUCCCUGGGCCACAAAGGUGGUGCCCCUGAGCUCUGCCCGCGAGUACCGAUUGACCUCUCCACAGCCGAUGAUCUGCAAGCUUUGCUUGACUUUGAUCGCAACACUUUGGUCGACUGGUGGCAUUUCAAUCUGUUCUUGACAUCUUGCAAUCAGGGGCGUGAUUCCAAAGGCCGCUUGAGCCUUCGUGAUGCCUCUCACUUGCUAGGGCGGGACGGACUUCCCGCCAGUGCCACUUCCCUGCUGCAGCGUGACAACAGCUUGGCGCAAGCAGUGGUCGACCUGCUGUUCAGAGCUUACGAAACUCGGGCCCUCGUCAGCCUGAUCGGUCCAGCCCGGAGCUGGGUUUGGAGCCUCCUGGCCCACUUUGUCAAGCGGAGGCGGCAUCAAGGUUUUCUGCAAUGGUUCUUCGCUUUGGCCGAUCAGGAGCUUGACACCUGCAUGUUCGGUGCCCCCUUCUUGACGUCGCUGCGGGUCCGAGCUGAUUACUGGCCCAGAAAGUCGACUUCCUGCAUAGCCGCCAACUUCGAGCUCAGGAUCCGGACGCAAAGAGACGGUAAGGCCGGGGACCUGGCAGGUGUGUAUUUCUCCAUGGAGGAGCACCUGCAUCGUGCAUGUGGGCUGCCCAGCCCAGCCGACAAUAGCAUUCGUUUGCCCGAUGCUGUGCGCCGCAACAUCUUUGCCAUUCUCACGGAAGGCCCUGUAGCUGUGUCCAAGCGGCGGAUGCUUGAACUGAAAUCCUUGAAUGACCGGAUGGCGGUGCUGUCUGCCGCUGAGAAAGAGCUUCGAGCCAAGAUGCAUCCGGAUGUGGAGCGAGACCUCGAGCCAGAUCAGCUCAAAGCCCAGGCCCUCCUGCGGCGGCGUGCAUUGCUAAAGAUGAAAGGGCUUACUUCCGAGCAGGAUUACAAGGCGAUGAAAGAUGAGACUUCCGAGGAACUGGCAGCGGGUUUCCUCACGGGUCCAUACCACUCGGAGCAGGAAGUCAGCGACAUCUUGAAGACCGAUGCUUGGUCGCUCUCGCCUCGUUUCCUGUUGAGGCAGGGCGAAGACGCCAAGAUAAGGAUAAUUGACGACUUUAAAAUGUCGGCGGUUAACAGGGCCUUUGGUUCCUCGUCUUUCCUAGAGCUUCAGGAUACGGAUUACGCGGUCGGCCUCCUGAGGUUCCUUUCCCGUGUGCUGCAGGAUCGCUCCAAGGUCCGGGUCCCCUUGUCUGAUGGCACCGUGCUCGAGGGAGACUGGGAUCCUGAGAUGCUCCGCCAGCCCGCUCUGCUCGGUAAGACGCUGGACUUGAGUAAGGCCUAUCGCCAGGUGAGCAUCCAUCCUUCCACGCGGGAGCACGCUGUCCUUGGCUUCCCCGACCCACAAGGCAAGUGGGAAUUUUACAUAGCCCAGAGCCUGCCUUUUGGAGCUGCUGCAAGCGUGUAUGGGUUCAACAAAGUAGCACUUGCGAUUCUUCACAUCAUGGUUGUCAAGUUCGCUGCAAUCGCGACCGACUUUUACGACGACUACACUGUAUAUGAAUUUCGCCCAGCUGCUUUCUUGCUGGACAAGGUCCUGAUGAGGCUGCUGGACCUGCUAGGGUGGACCUACGCGAAGUCUGGGCGGAAGUUUGUGCCUUUUGACGGCAAGGUGGUCUCCUUGGGUGUUGAGAACAAAGCUGGACGACUCGAGAAAAUUGCAGCACUCCUCCGGACAGUGGCCCAGGGUGGAGCCGUGACGAGAAGUGACGUGGCUUCGCUUCAUGGCUUGAUUAACUUCGCCGGAGGACUGAUUAUGGGCUUCGAGCUGAAGCCUACUUCUCGAAUGCUGACACGGGCUUUGUCAGGACCUUUCCAGGGCAACACGCCCGAACUUCGGCAAGCUUGUGAGUUAGCUCUGGAUGUCAUCGCGCAGUGCAGGCCAAAGCGAUGCCCGGCAACAAUCCUGCCACCGAUUGUGCUCUACACGGAUGGGGCCUUCGAGAAAGGGCGAGGAACCUGGGGCGCGGUUCUUGUUGAUGCUUACACAGGCUCCCGAUGGGUUUUCGGGGGAGAAGUUUGCAAACCGCUGAUGAAUCACUGGGGCAAGGAGGCUGGGGCCCAAGUGAUUUGCCAGGUUGAGGCCUACGCUCUGGCCAUAACCCUGUUCGGGAUUCGCGGCCUCUUGAAAGGUCGCUCGGUCCUAGCUUGGAUUGACAACAAUGCCUGCCUUUAUGGAUUCGUGAAGCGAUACUCGCCCUCAGCCUCGCUGAUGCGCCUCAUCUCCCUGGGGGCCUUAAUGGAGAGCUCCAUGGAGGCGCUUAUGUGGUUUGAGCGGGUCCCCUCAAAGAGUAACCCGGCGGACCUUCCGUCGCGGGGACAGUUUGCCGAGGCUUGCGAACGGUUUCAGGCCAUAAACAAGGGUGAUGUGGCAGCCACCGAUACGAUGUUGGACUUCAUUCGUGCUCCCCAUUACGAGCCGAAGCUGGCCCAGGCAAUCCUUUCGUCGGCGAGGCUGGAAGCCGAUUGGGCACAAGAAGUGCUGCAGUGA